AUGAUCGCCUCCUAUUCAGAUAUCUGCCUUGCAAGCCAAAAGCACACAGUACAUGUGUUGCUAAUAGUUAUUCUCUUGAUUGAUUGGGCUGUCGCCAGCAACCCAAAAGAAAACUUUUGUCGGAGGUAUGCCCAUCAAACGACCGUUAUUGAUGACAAAUUGUACAUCGAUGGCGGCUGGGUUAAUUUCGAUAAUUUCCCACAAAAGCAACAAGACUAUCCAAACACCUGGCUGUCUUAUCAUGAUCUCAAUCAUACUUAUGAGGGGUUUCCUGAUCUCAACAUAAGUUUAAGUAAGAAUGAUAGUAUUCCCACUGUACAUGGUGGAGUUCUUUGGGGUGAUUCAGUGAAUAAAAGGUUUUAUCUCUAUGGCGGUGAGUGGACUGGAGGAUCUGCAGAUGCUGUGUAUACCGUUUUGGGGUACGAUAUUCUCUACAACUAUUGGGAUGACUUUGGACUGCCGAGUUUGAAACCUCCACCACAAAUCGCAUCCUACGGUGCCGGAGUUGGCGUCUCGGAGACUGGAAAUGGGUACUACUACGGAGGAUAUAUCAGCAAUGCCUCUAUGAGCGGGUGGACUCAACCACGAAAGAUGAGCUCAAACUUCUAUUCCUAUUCCUACGACUCAAAAAGCUUCACUCAAGCAGCUGAUCCAGAUGACCUGCCUAGAGCAGAAGGCGCUAUGGUAUGGAUUCCAGCUGGAGAUGCGCUAGGGCUCCUUGUUUAUAUGGGUGGUGUUGUCAGUCAGAAUAAUACAGUGCUACCUCAGGGAUUCGACGAGAUCUUUGUGUAUGACGCAACGGAUAAUUCAUGGUUGAACCAGUCAGCAACAGGAGAGAUACCACAGAAUCGACGCCAGUUCUGUAUCGAUGUGGCCUGGGCACCAGAUAAGUCAAGUUACAACAUGUAG